GAGAAUCCAAAGCCCUCCUUUGGGUUUGUCUCUACCUCUCUCUCCUCCCUUCUCCCACCCACCCCUUCUCUCUCUACCUCUCUCUCCUCCCCCUUGUGGGUGUGUGCUGUGGUGGAGAGGAGAAAGGGAGGAAGAAGAGGAGAGCAAGAACCAAAAACCAAGAGCUGCUGCCAACCCUGCACAGCCUGGGCUUGUGAUCAUUGAUUGCCCAACUAUUACUACCUUCCUGUUUUUUUCUUCUCAUAUAGAAGAAUCCCAUCUAUCUAUCCCUUAUACAUAUCUCUUCUUCUCUUUGGUUCUUGGAAAUCUCCCAUCUCUUCUAGAUUUCCUUUGUGGCUUCAAGGGCCUCCACACCAUAUCUUGAUUAGUAGUUGGUUGCUCUUCUUCUUGUUCUUGGUUUUCUUGAUUGCUUAGGGGGUUGGAAUUUUGCGGUUCUUGGUUUCUUGGUCUUUCCCCCCAAUCUUUGCAAGUCUUGUAGAGAGUAUUUGAGUUGUUCCUUCCGCUUGUUGGGGAGCCAUGGAUGAUAGGAUUCCGCCACCCUCGCCCUUGCAGUACUCGCCGUCUCCCGUCCAUUCUUCUCCUCACCCCCUCAGUUCUUUGAGGUAUUCUUCCUCUGAAAGAGAGAGAUAUCUGGCUGAGUUGCUUGCCGAGAGGCAGAAAUUAGCUCCAUUUGUACAAGUUCUUCCCUUCUGCACCAGGCUCUUGAACCAAGAGAUUCUGCGGGCGUCUUCUUUGCCACCUAACCAUAAUUUUGUUGAUCCUGAGAGAAUCGAGCAUGGUAGCCCAUUGAGGUUACCUGGCCUCCCAGUGAAUGGUCAGCCAAUGGAUCUGGAGGGAUGGUCAGGGAUGCAAACAGAGAAUAUGAGGGUUCUGCAAGCAUCAUCUAUGGGCUGGAAUGGUCCUCCAGCAAUUACUGGCACCCCUGUUGUCAAGAAAGUUGUGAGGCUAGAUGUUCCUGUCGACAAGUAUCCUAAUUACAACUUUGUUGGUCGGUUGUUGGGGCCACGAGGUAACUCCCUCAAAAGAGUUGAAGCUUCAACCCAGUGUAGGGUUUAUAUUCGGGGACGUGGUUCAGUGAAAGAUUCUGUUAAGGAGGACAAGCUGAGAGAUAAACCUGGGUAUGAGCACCUGAAUGAACCGCUGCAUGUGCUUGUGGAAGCAGAGUUCCCGGCAGAUAUUAUUGAUACCCGUCUAAACCAAGCUGUGACUAUCCUAGAGGAUCUUCUCAAACCAAUUGAUGAGUCAAUGGACUACUACAAGAAGCAACAACUGAGGGAAUUGGCCAUUCUAAAUGGCACCCUGAGAGAGGAAAGCCCAAGUCCUCACCUGAGCCCCAGUGUAUCCCCCUUCAACUCCACCGGGAUGAAGCGCGCGAAAACAGGGCGGUGAUCUCGGUUCCGAAAGCAUUAUUAUUCUCCAAAUCUGGUCAUGGUUUCUAUGUCUGAUCACAUGCUGCUGUGCUUUGCUGGAGAUGAUUGGUGAUGCAUAUGCUGGGAUCAUCAGUGCUGCUGGCCUAUGCCUGUCAUGAUCUGCCUUGUUUUAUCAUCCUUGGGGGUGAAUGAUCCUCUCUGUGGGCUUGAUGUUUGACGGUAUUAUUAUUUAUUCUUUGUGCAUCUGACUUCUGAAUAUUAACAUUAUUGGUUUGGGUAAGUUAACAACAAGGCCCGGUUUGGCCAAUCUAGAAAGAAUUGGGAUCCCAAGUGUCGGACAAUAAUCAGGUUUUGUCGGUGUACCUGAAAGAAAUAGUAGUAAUUUGUCAAAGGGGCUGGUGCUCUUGUGUGCUAGUGCUUAGUACAAGACAGCCAAGCAAUGAAGCAAGUAUAGCUGAAGAGACAACCCUCCAUUAAUGAUUAUUUGCAUUCAUACAA